AAUUUGAUCGACGAGAAGAAGAAUAUAUCCGAAAAUGAACAAUGUAGAUUCAGACGGAGGCGAAGACGGUGCCUAUCAUGCAAAAGGCAAUAGUAAAUACAGUCCCGUAGGGGCUCAGGAUCGCGCUGUUUUCGAAAUGACCUCCAUGGAUCCCGAUUCUUCCUCCGACGAUUCCAACAGGAGAGUAAACGUUCGAACGCACGAGAGCAUGGAUGGAAGGCAACACCAGUUGGAAUUGUUUGGCUUUGAUUCUCUUGUUAAUAUCCUUGGUCUCCAAAGUAUGACACAGGAGCAAGUUCUGUCACCUUCUAGCACCAGAGUUGCUUCCAUCUCCAAAGGGGGUCCAAAUCCCGAAAAAAUGGGUACACUGAUGGGGGUAUUUGUGCCAUGCUUACAAAGUAUUUUGGGGAUUAUCUACUAUAUACGCUUUUCUUGGAUAAUUGGCAUGGCUGGCGUUGCUGAUUCACUGCUGUUGGUUUCGCUUUGUGGUCUGUGUACUUUCUUGACAGGAUUAUCAUUGAGUGCUAUUGCAACUAAUGGUGCCAUGAAGGGUGGUGGUCCAUAUUAUCUCAUUGGUCGUGCACUUGGUCCUGAGGUUGGAGUUAGCAUUGGAUUAUGUUUCUUCCUAGGAAAUGCAGUUGCAGGAGCUCUUUAUGUGUUGGGAGCUGUAGAAACCUUUCUGAAAGCUCUCCCUUCUGCUGGGUUUUUUACUGAAACCACUACAAAGGUGAAUGGCACCGUAUCAAAAUCAAUUACGACUAUAAGUACACAUGACUUGCAAAUUUAUGGGCUUGUUGUGACUAUCAUCCUAUGCAUUAUUGUGUUUGGUGGGGUGAAAAUGAUCAAUCGAGUUGCCCCUGUCUUCCUUGUACCUGUUUUAAUCUCAGUACUUUUCAUUUUCAUCGGGAUUUUUAAGGCGAAGAAGAAUGAUCCUGAAAAUGGAAUUACGGGCUUGAAUAUUGAAAGCUUAAAAGAUAACUGGGAUCCACAGUAUCAGAAUACAAACAGUGAUGGUAUCCCUGAUCCUUACGGAAAGGUGCACUGGGACUUCAAUGCAUUGGUCGGUCUCUUUUUCCCAGCUGUAACUGGAAUCAUGGCAGGUUCAAAUAGAUCAGCCUCGCUUAAAGAUACUCAGCGUUCAAUCCCCCUUGGGACAUUGUCGGCCACAAUUGUCACUACAGUUCUGUAUCUAGUUUCUGUCUUCCUUUUUGGAGCUGUUGCCACCAGAGAAAAGCUUUUGAUGGACAGGGUACUUACUGCUACAAUAGCUUGGCCUCUCCCGAUUAUCGUUCGUAUUGGAAUUAUUCUUUCAACUUUAGGUGCAGCUCUUCAAAGCUUGACCGGUGCCCCUCGCCUUCUAGCAGCAAUAGCCAAUGACGAUAUUCUUCCUGUUCUCAACUACUUCAGAGUAGCAGAUGGGAGUGAGCCUAACAUGGCUACACUCUUUACUGCCAUUAUAUGUAUGGGAUGUGUUAUCAUUGGGAAUCUGGAUCUUAUCACACCAACUGUCACUAUGUUUUUCCUUCUAUGUUAUACGGGUGUGAAUUUGUCGUGCUUACUUUUGGAUCUUCUGGAUGCACCCAGUUGGCGUCCUAGGUGGAAAUUUCACCAUUGGCUCCUGUCUCUCCUUGGAGCAUUACUUUGUGUAGUUAUAAUGUUCUUGAUCUCUUGGUUAUUCACUAUUGUUUCUCUAGCCCUUGCCAGCCUCAUAUAUUAUUAUGUGAGCAUUAAAGGAAAAGCUGGGGACUGGGGCGACGGAUUCAAAAGUGCAUAUUUUCAACUGGCCCUUCGCAGCCUUAGAUCUCUUGGAGCAAACCAAGUUCAUCCAAAGAACUGGUAUCCCAUUCCUCUUAUAUUCUGCCGGCCUUGGGGUAAGCUGCCAGAAAACGUACCUUGCCAUCCAAAACUUGCCGAUUUUGCCAACUGCAUGAAGAAGAAAGGCCGUGGAAUGUCCUUGUUUGUAAAUAUACUGGAUGGAGACUAUCAGGAACGUGCUGAAGAUGCCAAGGAAGCCUGCAAGCAGCUUGAAACCUACAUUAACUACAAGAGCUGUGAAGGUGUUGCAGAAAUAGUCAUAGCUCCCAAUAUGACCGACGGUUUCCGUGGAAUUGUGCAGACCAUGGGUCUUGGCAACCUCAAGCCGAAUAUCUUGGUUGUGCGGUACCCUGAAAUAUGGCGUCGCGAAAACCUGAAAGAAAUCCCAGCCAGAUUCGUUGGUAUAAUUAAUGACUGUAUUGUUGCGAAUAAGGCAGUUGUCAUCGUCAAGGGGCUCGAUGAAUGGCCUAAUGAGUAUCAAAGGCAGUAUGGUACCAUUGAUUUGUAUUGGAUCGUGAGAGAUGGUGGCCUCAUGCUUCUUCUGUCACAACUUCUUCUUACAAAAGAGAGCUUUGAGAGCUGUAAGAUUCAGGUCUUCUGCAUUGCGGAGGAGGAUUCCGAUGCAGAGGUCCUCAAGGCUGAUGUGAAGAAGUUCCUAUACGAUCUUCGGAUGCAAGCCGAAGUGAUCGUUAUAACGAUUAAGUCGUGGGAUUCGGAGGGUGGAUCUCAGCAAGACGAGUCAUUGGAGGCAUUCAAUGCUGCUCGGAAGCGCGUAUCUAGUUAUUUGGCAGAAAUAAAGGACACAGCAAAGCGAGAAGGAACACCAUUGAUUGCUGAUGGAAAGAAUGUAGUUGUGGACGAGCAACAAGUUGAAAAGUUUCUGUAUACGACGCUGAAGCUGAAUUCGACGAUAUUGAGAUAUUCGAGAAUGGCCGCGGUGGUGCUCGUAAGCUUACCCCCACCUCCUCUCAACCGCCCGGCCUACUGCUACAUGGAGUACAUGGAUUUGUUGGUAGAUAAUGUGCAGAGGCUGUUGAUGGUAAGAGGAUAUCGCAGAGAUGUUGUAACUCUAUUCACAUAGCAUUUUUUUCUUCUUCCUCGGGAUUAUAUAUAUCAUCA